CUUCAUUCUUGAUACAACACAUACCUGAUACUUGAUAGGUACCAGUGCAGUUAUAUGCAUUUUACAAUUUCAUAUUCAUACGGUGACUCUUCUAAUUUUGUACAAAGAAUUACAUACUUUCUAUAAUAAACUUGUAGUUGAGGCUUAAUAUUUGAAGUGCUUGUAUUAAUCUACAUAAUAUACAAUGGCAGAGGUACCAGAAGUAACCACUUCAUCUGCUGAAGAAUUACUAGCUUCAGGAAGACGACACCUUGCGGUGAGAGACUACAAUGCAGCGACAGAAUCUCUAGCAAAAGCCUGUGAGCUUUUAGCUAAAACUCAUGGAGAUAUAGCUGACGAAUGUGCUGAAGCUUAUUUAUGGUAUGGUAAAGCCUUGCUUGGUCUAUCGAGGGAAGAAAGUGGGGUUCUCGGAGAGGGCGUUCCAGGAGCUAAUAAUGAAGAGGAAGAAGAAAAUGAAGAAGAGAAUAGUGAAAAUGGUGAAGGAGAAUCAAAAGAAAAUGAGCCAGACAGUGAAAUGCCAAAUGCAAAAGUUGAAAAAAAUGAAGCCGAAUCAACUACAAAAGAUGAAGAAGUUGCAAGUAGUACGGCUGAAAUAGCUGAGGAAAAGCCAGGUACUUCCAAUGGUGAUCAAAAUGAUGAGUCAAUCGCUAAUUUGGAUAAUGAAGAGGACAUUGACAAUUUGCAACUGGCCUGGGAAAUGCUUGAGCUGUCGCGCAGUAUCCUGCAGAAGCGCGGGGCGGAGUCGCGCGCGCAGCUCGCCGACGCGCACCUCGCGCUGGGGGAGGUGGCGCUCGAGAGCGAGACCUACGACAAGGCCGUGUUGGACAUGGUCAGUUGUCUUGAAAUCCAAAAGGAAUUAUAUCGAAGUGACGAUCGCCGUAUAGCAGAAACUCACUAUCAAAUUGGUCUCGCCAAUUCCCUCGCAUCCAAUUUCGAGGACGCCAUAACGCACUUCAAGAAUGCGGCGAACAUUCUAGAAUCGCGCAUCAAGACGUUAGAAAAUCCAAGCGCAGUCGCCGAAGACGCUACGGUUAAGAAAUAUACAAUAGCUGACCCAUUCUAUUCAGUUGAAGAUGAACUUAAGGAAUUAAAAGGACUUCUACCAGAAAUCCAAGAGAAAAUCCAAGACAUGAUGGAUUAUAAAGCAGAGAUGAUUAAAAGGGUUCGUGAGACACUCUGUCCGUCGAAUGGUGAUGGUGCCGCGAGCUCCAGCGCCGGCGCCAGCAAGCCCGCCGCACCCAAGGCGGCGCCCUCCGACAUCUCACAUCUCAUCAAGAGGAAACGGAAGAACAGCGACGAGAACUCGUCGGCGCCCAAGAGGAUCAACACGUGAAUGUGAUGCCGGUGGAAACUCUGUGACGCUACCACGGCUAGAUGUCACGUGUUCUUUGUUGUGUUAAGUUAGAGAUUGAGCUGUACUGUACUUGUAUUGUAACAUUAUUUGUAACAAAAACUAUUUUCUAAUAUUUUUUUCUAUUUAACACGAACGACACGUACGUAACUAUUGAGGAUAUUUCGAAGGACUUCAAAAAGACCGCGAGGACUUUAUUAUAUCGAUUUAGAGCUCUGAAGGUAUUCUUAAAUUUUUAUCGAACUAUGCUUGUGUCCCAUUUAAUACGCUUUAAAUAUGUCCAUGAGAUAAAACUGACUAUACAAUAAUAAGUCGCAUCUGGUAUACUACUGUAACAAUGUACCGCAAAGAGCAUAUUCGUAAAAAAGAUCAACAAAUUCUCCCUUUUCGAUAUAAACAAAUUAAUGUGACGCAUUAAUUGGGGGACACUCGGUAAACAAUAACACAAAGUUGCUGUGUUGUUGACACUUUAAAGAGGAUAACAAAUAUAAUAAGAACUAUUUUCAUACGAAUAUUUAUUAGAAUUAAAUAACUCGCACACACACAAAUGCACAAAAAAUCGCUUGCAUAUCCGUACACCUUUACACGCUUAUAUCUUUGAAUUAAUAACACAAUUAAUUUAACGCUAAUAGCGAUAAUAAUGUAACAAUACAAGUAAAUGUCACUAAUCGAUCACGACCUCUGUCCACGCUGUUAUUUAUUUUAAAACAACUGAAGAAAUUACUAAUAAUCUCACGAUAUUCCAUACGAAUAAGAUGAAGCCCGCACUGCUAAUAAAACACAAUGUUCUAUCCCCUCUUGUCCUGUCUUUGAUAUUUGACAAUCGAAACGGUGCUGUACUGAUUUGAAUGAAAUUAAUUUUUUGAUCUGAAUUUAUGAUUGCAAAAUUGUUAAUAAAUAAAUAAUGUACGAAAAUUUAAAACAACUUAACGAAAAAUAGUAUAACAAUUCAACGCUCAUCUUCCUAUAAGAGAAAUUAAGAAAUGUAUAUCUUGAUAUUUGUUAUUCUAAACGGUAUGACGUCUGUGAUGUCACAGUGCGGCCUCAACCUUGCAUAAAGUUACAAGAUUAAAAUUUUAUGAUUAAAAACAAUAAUCAAUUAUUCUUCGGUUGACGAAUAAUUUUCCUGUUUGUACGUAAUUAGUUUUUAGUUUUCAUGUUAUCUAUAGUUAUGUUAAUUGACGAUGUUUUCUAUCUACUAUAUAUAUUAUAUUACAAGUUAAUUUUACAUAAUAAUAUAAUAUCAAUUGACUAACCAGGCAAGUACAUUCACUUUAAUUUAUAUUCAAUAUCCGAUUCGAGAAUUUUGGUUCGAUCUAUUGGUCUUGCUUUCUUGAACAUUAAAUUCGACGAAAAUUAAAUUAAGAAAUGUUAUCGAGAGAUACACGUAAAAUGCAACGUUUGGCUUUAAAACCGGGGUCAACGACAUGAAUGAAAGAAUGCAAUGGAAAAAAUGUAAUUCGCAAAAAUAAUUCCAUCACGAACGCAACAUAUAAAUUCCAAAAUAAGCUCCAGUGUUACUAAAAUAAAUUAUAAAAUUAUUGUAUUAUUUUCGUUCUACGAAGUGACCAUUUACAAAACUUUAUACGGAACCACUGCUCUUGAAUUUAGACUAACCAUAAAUACAAAACAUCCCUGGCAAGGUUCGUCUCAAUGGCCAAAUGGUCAGAAAGUAUUUAAACAAUACGAAAAUGAAGACGAAUACGUACCUUAGUACUGGCGUUGUCUUUUUUAACGGUCUACGAUUUUCAUAAAUGUCAGACGCACACGAGACAUAGAUAGCUGUGUUAUCCUGUAUGAACUUAAUUUAUUAUUCACCCGUAAAAUGCUGACAACCAACACUAUUUUAAUGCGAGUAUUCUUGAAAUGUAAUGAUUGUUAUAACCAAUAUCGCAUAUUAACGUAUGAUAUUUCACGGCGGUUUUCUGCGUUGAAUUUCGAAUUUGUUUUUACAGAAAUGCCUUACUGUUAGCUCCUAAUUUUACUUAAGACAAUCUGAUGUAUGAUAAUCUGAGUAUACCUAGUUUAAAUACUAAUUUAUUUUUACGGUUAGAACGUAUAUUUAUAGACUGGUAUUAUUUCUUUAUUUCAUCUUCUAUACGAUGACUUAUCAAUUGUUUUCUGGUGUGAGAUGUUUCUAAAAAUCUAUCGUAAUGGAUCGAAUCAAAACGAUCUUAGUUGUUCUUAAUAGUACUUUAGUUAUAUUGUGAUUUUUACUGUAACUUACGAGCAAUAGAUUUUACUUAUAAAUAUGUUUUUGUAUGUGUUUCCACUAAACAUGUUUAAAUAGUUUCUCUUUCUAUCAUUAAUUUGAAAUUAAAAAAGAAUACAUAGCCUUGUUUAAGUUAUCACCUUCAAAAACAUUUAUAGGUAAAGGCAAACACAUGACAUUUAUUCCGUCAGUCGAAUAUAAAGUGUCAACUUGUCAAAAUAAAAUAAAUUAGUGAUCUAGUAAGUGUUUCAUUUUAUGUAAUCAUAGGUUAAGUUUUAAUUAAGAAAUCAAUAAAUAUUUUGUUUAAUUAAAUCCACCAUUUAUUUGGU